GAUGCAGUCUUUGAUGCAUAUUUAGGUUCCUGUUUCUGAUUCUGUCACAGUUGUGUUGACAAAUGUCCUUGCCAUCUCCCUAGAAUAAGCAGUUUAUGCUUAGAACCAGAGGCAGAAAAAAUAGGAUUGGGGAGUAGCAGGGACUCUGAUCAGUCAACAGAAAAAAAAAGUGUACCCCCAGGGGAGAAGAUUCUCUUGGAGCAAAAAACUGUACCUGGAGACCGGUUGAGGUUGAAGCAUAGAGCAAUGGAAGAACUGAAGCCUGCUUCUUCCUAGGCAAAGGAAUGCUUGUGCUGAAUGAAGCACUGUACCUGGGGAAAAGGAAACAGGAUCAAAGAAGACCAGAGACAAUCUCCCUGGGGCCACUAGCUCUGGCCCGCUUGCUUGCCGGCAGUUGCUCCCUCAGUCUUUGGCUGGAGAGCUCACUCCCUCCAGCGCUAAAGAGCAGUUGGGGUGGUGUAGGUUCCUGUCCACGUCUUGGCUGGUGGGAACCGUGUGUCCAACAGAGGAAGCCUGGUGGGCCUGGCCCCUCUCAGCCCAGCGCCGAUGAGUGCCAGGGCGCCGAAAGAGCUGAGGCUGGCCCUGCCGCCUUGUCUCCUGAACCGGACCUUUGCUUCCCACAACGCCAGUGGAGGCAGCAGCGCAGGUCUCCGCAGCUCAGGCGCAGGUGGUGGCACUUGCAUCACGCAGGUGGGACAGCAGCUCUUCCAGUCUUUUUCAUCCACGCUGGUGCUGAUUGUCCUGGUCACUCUCAUCUUCUGUCUCCUCGUGCUGUCACUCUCCACUUUCCACAUCCACAAGCGUAGGAUGAAGAAGCGGAAGAUGCAGAGGGCUCAGGAAGAAUACGAGCGAGAUCAUUGCAGCGGCAGCCACGGUGGUGGGGGGCUGCCUCGGGCAGGUGUUCAAGCUCCAACCCAUGGAAAAGAAACCCGACUGGAGAGGCAGCCCCGGGACUCCGCCUUCUGCACCCCCUCCAAUGCUACUUCCUCCUCCUCCUCCUCCUCCUCCUCCUCCUCCUCAUCCCCUGGUCUCCUGUGCCAGGGUCCCUGUGCGCCUCCACCUCCACUGCCAGCCCCCAGUCCACAAGGAGCACCUGCAGCUUCCUCCUGCUUGGACACACCUGGCGAGGGCCUUUUGCAAACGGUGGUACUGUCCUGAUUGCGCAGCCCCUCUCCUGACCCCUUCCUCGUCUCCAGCAUCUUGACCGUCCUCGCUUUUGUUCCUCCUUCCUUCCUUUUCCGUUCUCCUUUGGCCCCUGUUUUCUCUGCCCUCUUUCCUUACCUGGCCACCCUUUCACUGUCUCUCCUCCGCCGAGGCACUGUGCGGUAUUUGUAAAUAUUGGGCGAGGAAAGUCUCAGAGGAAGAAAUAACGCUGAUAAUACUUUACUGAUAUUUAUAGUAAUUAUUAUACUACUAAUAACACAGUCCAAGCGCAUGACAAAUCACAUAAUUUCUCAUUGUUAAUGAAGGCUGCAUCUUCCCUCCCCACCCCGUGCCCCCCUCAAUAAGGAGAAGAAACCGCACAAGCUACCAAAUAUUUAAGACAUUGACACCGAAGCAAAGGGAUGGGAGGGGGCCGGUGAUGUUGUAUAUAGCUGUCAAGUGAAGGUUUAGUCGCCUUUCUGCCCCUCCCUCACGGGCUUUCACUUUUCCUUUAGCUUGUCUCCCCUCCCCUUUCCUCACCUUCAGCUGGGCUCAGGCAAUAGUAUAUUAUAAAGGCAACAUCUACAUUAAGCACCAGAGACCACAUAGAAUGUCCCAGAAAAACGUUUAGGACAGGUAACCCCUCUCUAGUCAGUCAUCAUCUCACUUUUUGCUUUCCCCUGGCAGAAUUAGAGUUUUACUUUUAGAAAUAUCACUCGCUGGCCGAGCACAGAAAAAGAAAACAAAAACAUACUAUCUGAUUUGCUGCUCAUUAGGGCUCAUUUGUACACCUGACUGGUGGUCAUUUUGGUUUGGUUUGGUUUUUUUGUUUUGGGGGUUGUUUUUUGGUUUUGUUUUGAGCCUCAGAGAAAUCGGGAGCUGUCCAGCCAGGUCUGGUGCUGAAUAUGUCUCACCUUCAUGGUUACUUCCUCUGGUUGUGCAGACCAAAGAAGGAGCUGUUUUGGAAAGUGAUUGUCUUGGUUUUGAUUGGUUUCUUUCUUCUUUUUUUUCUACAAUUGGAUUAGCGUGUGGUAUUGUUUUUUCUUAUCAUUAUACAUUGCAUAAGUUACCUUUAUGUAAAAAAAAAAAAAAGUAUUAGGUAAUGUGCAGUUCUGAAAAUGCAGUAUCUAACCAACUAGUAUGUUUCUGUUUUAUUUUUAGAACAAGUGCACCUUUGUUAUAUACUUAUUAUAUUGGUACCAAAUACAGAAGAAAACUAUAGUUCUGUGAUAUGUCCUCCAAACUGUAUAUUCUUGUUCUUCUGACUUUCCAGCUGUUGAUAUAAUGGUUGCCACUGGCUGAGGAAGUCAGUGGUGUAGGCCUGGCUUCUGCUGUUUCCGGAAGUGUUCUUUUGUAUUUUACGCUGUAGUAGACUAUUAUAAAACGAUGACACCCAUGUUUCCCCUUUUUCUUUUGUGAAUAACAGAAACAACCACAACAGAAAACAAAUAAUGGAUGUGCUGGAAUGCCAUCUAUUAAAAACAUGGUUAAUAUUUAAACAGUGCCUGUGGUUCUCUGCAUGCAGUUGCCACCUGGAGGCAGUGCUGUGUGUGCUUGCUUGUACUGUAUGUGUUUGGGGGAAAGACUGGUGGAGAUGUUGGGCAAUUUGGAUGACAGGACAUAACAAUUUCCAAGUUAAAUCUGUAAAUGCUUACAGGAUAAAAUGGUUUACAGCUUGUUUAGUUAUGAUUCCAUGCCUGCAUCUGAUAUACAGCAAAGGGGAUCUUUCUUCUUCCCAAGUCUGGCCUAAUUAACCUCCCUGAACACAUAGGAAAUGUUAAGGAAAAAGGAAAGCAUGAGAGAAGAUAAAUCUUUUGUCCUCUCUUUAAAUGUCAGAUAAGUCCCUCUAUGUUAGACUCUGCUGUUUGGUGUAGGGAAGUGGGACCCCUACAUAUAUCCAUCUCCCAAGCCACUAGCUCCCCUCUAUGCUCUGUCUUGUUUCAAGUUGUAUGUGGUUAUUAUCCCGAGAAAUGAUUGCCUCUAAUGUUUUGGUUACAUAUAAAGUUUUCCAAGCUCAGUCUGUAUCUUUAUAAAAUAAUUUAAUAAGGUUGAAUUAGUCGCCCAUAGAUAUCAUCCCAGUCCUUUAUGAAGCACAGAAGACCAUCGUUUAAGCAUGCCAUGUUGUAUCAUUAGGAAGAUCAGGUAUAAUCUUUGGAUACAAUAUAUUAAACAAUGAACCAGAUUCUCUCCAGUGCCUUAGUCACUUCCUAGUAACAGGACAGAGUGCAUUCAGUCCUUCGGGCCACCAAGGAAGCCGUUAGUGUAUCAGGGCUCUACACUGUACAACAGAAUGGCUAAGGCACUGUGAAGGAGAAUGUCCAUUAAUCUCUUUAACUUGCCCUCAUCCAACUGUAGCUCUUAAUACCUUCUUACAGAAUGGGUUUUAGAUGUGAAAUCUGAAUAGGAUCAGGACCCCUGAAGGAAGGUUCAUCAUUUCAAUGAGCUCUACAUAAGUACAUAGAUAUUACUUUCCCCCCAUUAUUUGGUGCACUCUUUUUACAGUAAAUAAUUUCCCAUUUUAUUAAAGCAAUAAGAUAUUCUGUUUUGAGCAGUGCUAGAUGCUCAUUCCACUUCCUUGGUGCUGAAGCAACUCAUAUGUUCUUGCCUUAUGAAUCACAGUGCAUUCAAGGCAUGCAAUAAUAAUCCCCUUCCAAGAAGCAGCCUGCACACCCUAGGGGGCAAUGUCCUACAUACUUUUUUUUCCAAAAGAAAUAGAGCAAACAAGAAAUAAACUAAUUAUGUGUAUUAAAAAAAAUCUUGAUACCUCUAACCAUAAGCACACAUCUGUAAUGUGCUAUCAUUGUGCACCUUUAAGUGUAUAUGCCUUUUUCCAUCAAUUGACUAGGGAUUAAUAUUUUAAUAGUGUCCUGUGUAAAGAUGAUGCAGCUUAUCAAUCACAUUUCAUACUGAGUUUAAUAUGCUGUGAACCUGGUGGAAUCACACAAGAUGUCUGUUAGUUAGAAUGAUAAUUACAUGAAAUUCUAGUAGGCCAGAUCCCACACCAAAUUAUUGUAAGAAAAGAUACAACAAUGCAAAUUUCUAUAGAGUCUGCUUAGAUUGCUACUUAGAGAGCUCAACUGACCCAUGCGACAUUCGAGUUUUCAUUUUUACAAGACAAAAGGCAUUACGAAAAUAGGUAAAUUUACUCUAAGGAUCUUGUUUACUGAUGUCCCGUCAAACUAAUUGCUCCAACCUUCUAUAGCUAUAGCUCAGCUCCUGCACUUGCUAUUCAGUAUUAAUAAGGUAGCAUGCUUGAUUCUUACUAUUUUAAAAAUGAGAAAAAUAGAGAGAGAAUGCCAAUAUGUCAACUGUAUGGGACUCUGACUCUUGAAGAUGAAGAUGGAUAUAAUCUUUAGAAUUUAUAUACACCCAUAGAUAUGUAUUUAUAUAUGCAUACCUUUUGUACAAAUUUACAAUGGACUUUUUGUAUUCUCUUUUCUGUCAUUAUAAGUAUGAGACUGAAACCAAAUAGUUGUUCCAUCCUCUGAUCCAGAGAGGAUCUGAGGAGUCAGGCGUAUGCAUGUACUUGGUUCUCUGAGGUCAAAUCAGAAUGGCUUUCUCUUUAUUUAGUGGAAGGGGAGAGUCUUCCUUGGCUUGGGGAAUUGGUAAUUAGAUAAGCUUCCUUUCCUAUAUUAGUGACUCAAAUGUAGCAACAGUAACGAAGUCAUGACCAUCUCUAUGUGGUCCAGCUAUUUGGAUGGAUCAAAAAAUCUAUCUACACGAGCAUUGGAGCCAUCUAGACCACAAUCAUGGAUUGCAAUUUGAUUUUCCCUUUUCACUUUCAACUUACAUGUUGUAUGAGAUACAACAUAUACCUGCAUAGCUAAAGGUAAAAUGAAACUAUACCUACUAUUUGUUUAGUUUGAAGAGUAGCUUUUUGGAAAAUAUGGACAAUUUAGCUUUAAAAAUUACUGGGCAUUUGACUUUUUAACCCUCCCUAUCUGUAACCAUUGAAUUGAUUAGAUACUGACUAAAAUUUUUUUCCAGUGCAUAGGCAUAGAUUUUAAGUGCUUUUUAUGGAUAAUUGCUAAGAAAUGACUAACUAGUAUUACAUGAGAGUUAUGGGCUAAAUUGGAACCAGAAACUUUAAUAUGGCUUCUAAAAUUCACUCCCAUGGAAGUCUAGGCUUUGGACUCGAAUCUGAAAAGCCACUUACUCAUGUUUGGGAAUUGUGGUGUGGUCCAUAGAUGUUCAUGUAAGAACGAAUUGCCCCGUCUACACAGGAAGGUAUUUCAUCACUGGGCUGAAUAUAAAUCUGAUUCUGGUUUAGUUUUUCCUUAUUUGAUAACAUUUUGGAAGCAGAUGUGAUGACUUCACAUCAAUACUUAUCAAUAUCACCAGCCCGAUGGUGCAAUUGGUGCAGUGUCGGAAUGCUUAGUGGAGAAUAAGAACUUACUUAGCUUUAAUUGAGAUGCAGUGCAUUAUUCGGGUUGCUUUACCCAUUUGAGGAAGGAUAUUUCAUUGAGACUUGUGGUCUCACAGGAUUGCUGCUACAGAGAGGAUAACGACAGUGACGGCAUCAACAGAAGUGAUUUUUGAACUCGAGUAUAUCCAAUUGAUAGAAUAAAACAGGUAUUAGAAAUUCAUGAAAAAUUUGUUUUGCUUUUAUAUCAAUAAAAGAGUUUU